CGUCAAUGAAUCAGGCUGGCACGAGAAACGCUUGUCAGUGAUGUGAGAGUGAAGUAACAUGUGAGCAUCCUGCGCUGAAACACGCAACCAAGAUGACGCAGGGGCCCCUAAACAUCUGGGCUAUAUGAACAUGAACGAGGAGAAAGGUCACGCUCCCCAGGGGGAAACUGCACCACGGGGAAAUACAUCAGCAGAUGAGUGGUCAUGGAUGAACCCAGCAGUCCAGCAGAGGAGGAGCAAGCUUUGAAUUACAGGCCGACCCCUCUCCAUCAACCAGCCCCCCCCCAACACAGACCCUGCAUUCAACAGAGGAAACGGAAAAGACGAAACAUACAAGAAGGUUUUUCAUUUCAAAACCCCGGGGCUGUGGAAAGAACAGAGAGUUCCUUUUUUUAUACCUAAACGUGUCCACUUUUGGCUUCAUUGUUAGACAACAAACCCGGACUUCCCCCCGGUUCUGUCCACUUUUUGCCCAUCUUUUCCCCAGCUGUUUGCAGCUGGCAGAAAGCACCCGCCCUGUUCGGGAAAAGGGGACCGAGAGUGACCGGAGGAGGAGAGAGAUGUCACCCCAACCUCCCCAGCCGCAGGUGAGGAAGAAUAUCCUGAAGUUCCUCAAGAGUUUUUUGGGAAUAGUCCGGAUCCUGCAGAUUGUGUUCGGAGCCGGGCUGUGGGUCACCAUCGCCGCCAACAAAUACGAAGGAUCCAUCCACUUCGUCCUGUUCGUCGCAGUCCUCUUCUGGCUCCUCACCCUCGCCCUUUUCUUCAUCACCCUCCUGGACAAGCAGGACCUCGUCCCGCUGCUGGGAGGGGAGCGCUGGUUGUCCACCAACCUAGCGCACGACGUGGCCGCCGCCGUGCUCUACCUGCCGGCCAUAGGAGUCAUGAUCUACAAGACGCACCGCAACUCGUACUGCAACCUGGAGCUGUACACGCACCUCUGUCUGUACAAGAUCUACCUGACAGCCGCCGUGUUCGCCUGCCUGUGCUGCCUGGCUUACCUCCUGUCGCUCAUUUAUGGGGCGUGCAGGAAGUGUCGGGGAGAACAGACGGUCAUCUGAUGAGACUGAAGGGGGGUUGAUGGCAACAGGGUGGGAGGGAGGGAGAGUUGGGGUAUGGGUCCUUGAGGGGGUAUCCACAGCAAGAUGAGGAAUAGUUAACUUCACUGUAAUUUAACUCAACAGCUACUCUAAUCAAACGUUUCUCUCUAUUGUCCCCCCGUGUUGAGGCAGAAUCAUUCCUAUUGUCAGUGUAUUUAAGGGACAUGGAAAUACCCAAGUAGCUCCUGCUACAGAGGCCUAGCUACCCAGGAUGGGAGUCUGAUUGGAAAUGUGUUUGGAGGCUAUUGGGUAAGUAGGUUAUUGUACCCCUACAAGUGACAUGUGUUUGUCUCCUAGUUGUAGUUAAGGCCAUGCCUCCACCUUUUCCCAGUAAUUUAAUGUAAUUGUCCCUCAUAAAGAGUCAUUAUAAUAUUCCUGUAGGGACUUAUUAUAGUGGGCUAGCAGUAUAUUCAGUGAUAAUUUUACAGUACAAUGACCUCAACAUACGUUUAGUAGAUUUGUGAUGGUACUGUCCAUCUAAAACCUCUCAUAUGAUUAUGACGAUAAGUUGAUGAGUUGUCUUCACAAGGGAUUUUUUUCACUACCAUUUUUAAAGUAUAUCUUUUUUUAUGUGUUUAUGUAUGACAGCAAACUAUACUGAACAGCGUGAUGGACUAAAACACUUGUGGAUAUCCUUUACACCAGCUCUGUUUUUGUUUUGCCUGACUCAAACAUUACAAACAGUUUUAACAGUGCCUUUCUGUCAGAAUGCUGUAUACUCAACAAGGUUGUGACUACAACAACCCAACAACAUGGAUGUGAUUGGUGCUACUAUGUGUUUGCUGAACAAAAAUAUUCCUGAAGUGCUCAUUAUGUAAAGCCAAAGAGCAAAAAGCGCACGAAUAAAGACCAGUAAGUGAGA